CAACUUUUUGUGAAGAGCUGAAGUCCUUCAGUAGCCUAGUAGAAAUGAUGCUUUGCCCCGUUGAUUGUUGCCAGGAAGACGAAGGACUGUCGAGUCUAUGCAGAACUUGAGCAAUAAGGUAGCUGUAAGUAAAUGUAGCCUAUAUUCAUAUUAGGCAACAAUACGAGCUUGUUCAUAAUAUAAGAUAAAGGAUCUUGACAUUGUGUGUAUAUGUCACAUUGUUGUAUUCUUUAUUAGAGACAUCAAGCAACACUUGUACGGAGUUUGUUUUAAAACAUGUCAAAGUGGGGACGUUUUCAUACUGUCGGUUUAUGGGCGACAUUCGUAGUAUUUCUUGCGAUUUCGAGAUCAUCUGGAACAUUAGUGAGAACCGUGGCGACCCCAAGAUCUCAGGAGACGGAGAGGGUACAGAGACGGACGGCGGCCAGGUAUCAUUACGCAACCGUGAGUUACCAGCCAUAUACCGGUCCUUGGAGGACGACUACUACAAAACCGAAAUAUAAACACCAUCUAAAGGUGUCAAGGGGAAAGAAACAUUGGAAAUACGCGUCGAAUGGAGCGUUUCAACUAAAUGGGCCCAACGUGUGUGGAGACAGAUGCUGCUCAGGCUGGAACAUCUCUCCCAAGACCAACAAGUGCACCAAGCCGAGGUGUCUUCCCAGAUGUCAUAACAACGCGGUGUGCAGACAUGCCAACGUGUGUGAGUGCCGGCAUGGCUUCCACGGCCCUCGCUGUGAGUUUACCAGUGUGACCUACGCCCUAACUGGCCUCCCCUGGGGAUACUUCAGACCCACCAGCAACCCGCUGGUCAGGACUGUUCCUGGGCCAAACACCUCCAACCAGGCCCUGAACCAACCAACCCAGCCUCCAAGGACUGAAACCCAGCCUCCAACCACCACAACCCAGCCUCCAACUAAGCCAAGCCAGCCUCCAAUCACAACUCCCCAGCCGUCAUCUGCCCCUACCCAGUCUUCAACCACAACUCCCCAGCCUCCACCAACCCAACCUCCAACAACUCCUACCCCUAUCACAACCCCCACCCACCCCAGCCCUAGCCACCACCCCCAUCCCACUUCCAGCCAGCCUCCAGGCCUCAGCCCCUUCCCAGGCCUUCUCUACCCCUCCAGCACCCUCCCAGCCCCCUCCUCCAGCUGGGGGGACUGA